CAGCAAAAAUGAUAGCAUAAAUCCAUCAUUAUAUUGUGGUGUGUGCUACUUAUAUUAACAUAAGUAGUAUAUGAUGUUAGUUGUGAACACAAUGUCUGGCAGCAGAGAGACAAGAGGAUCGAACAUUAAAAAAUCGAAACAGAAUGCAAUUUGUUUGAAAAUGCAAGAACAAUGAAGUCUGAGUCACUUUGAGACAUUUUGCAAAUUAAGUAUUUACUUUGUGAUUGUUAGAUUUUAUUAACAAGUCCUGUAAUUGUGUGUCAAAUACGUUCGAUUGUUCCCACUGGUGUUCUUGUUCGCUACAAUAUGGGCUUUGGUACAGUAGACGGUAAAUCUUUUGUAUAGAAGAUAAAUAGAACAAUUGAACAUAAUGCUUCAGAUUAUCACAAAAGUUACAAAUAACUACAGUUUGUUAGUCAACAACUCCAUCACAGACGGUUAACCAGAGUGAUUUGAAUACAGAGUACUGUUAACUAAUCAGUUAUCCUCAAACAGCCUAUUGGAUUAAAUAUUGCUUAUAUGUUACUACCCCUUUUAAAUGAUUAUCUCUAACAAAUGAUUCUUUCAGUUAAAUUAAGUUGGUUGUUUGUGAAUUUAUACAAAUAAAGUUGAUUGAGUUUUUGGGAUCACUACACAACCUAUUUGAAGAUAUCACAAUAAUGAAAUCAAAAUACAAAUUACUGGAUCAAUAAAUAGCUUAAAACUAUAUUUCUUAAGAAAUUCAAUGUUCUAUAGUCCAUCAACAGGUGUUAUGGUUAAUCCACAUACUGGACUACUACCAUCUACAUUAGAUCCAAAUCAAAUGAGAAAUCAAGAUUCUCAAACUAUCAGUUAUGAUUUACUCAAUUCAUCAUCGAAUUUAUUAUCUCUGUUAACUCAUUCAUUACAACCUAUUCAAUCAACCACAUUCGUAACUUCUAAUCCGCGUAUCCCAAUCAUUACGAAUACAACUGAUAAUAAUAACGAUAAGAACAAUCAUUUAAAUAUGUACAAUAAUACUAACAGUAACUGCAGCAGUAUUAACAAUAGUUGUAAUCAGUCAACAGCACAAAAUAAAGAACAACAGGUAGCAGAAUUUAUUAAUACUAAUCGUGCCAAUAAAUUACAGUUUUUAUUGAAUUCUGUGACCAUAAAUUCAAUAUUACAAAACGGAGAAAAUACUAAUCAUAGUCCUUUGAUUAAUUCUGCAACUCAUUCCUUACAAACAGAUAUCAUAGGAGCAGAAAAUGAUCAAGUUGAAAUUAGUCAGCAUUCACAUUCUCUUACUAAUAAUCUUUCACAUUCUUACUCAACUUAUAGUCAACAUAAUCAACCACAAUUACAAAUAUUCGGUCCAUCAACAGUCCCAUCGGUUCAACAAUCAUCAAUUACUGGAAUAAAUUAUCAUCCACCAACCGUAUCUGAGAAUCUUGUUACAAAUGGUCAAGCACAUUAUCUUAUUACAGGUGCACCAAAUGGAACAAAUCCUAGUCAUACAACAAUAUUUGCUAAUCAUAUACAAACCUCACCAGUUACAUUGAUUCCAGAAAUUGAUUAUAAUACUUGUUCAAUUAUACAUACAUAUAGAAAUGGAUAAUAUAAUUUUUGAUUAGUUCUUCAUUUAACUUUAAAUUUACCUCUAAAAUUGAAUCGUUUUACAGGCACAAUAAUCAAAUGAUUGGGUGAAAACAUUCCUACUAAUUUCAUGUAGUCAAUAAAAAUAUAUUAUAUUUUUUUAUUAAAUUGUUCUCAACUCAACCAAAAUGCUCAAACUCUUCAGUGUGACUAAAAAAACAUACCAGUUUCUAAUAAUCAAUCUAAUAUUCAUUUAUUCUUCAUUGUUUGCAUCAACAAAAUCAGUACGAUCUUAUAUUACAGAUUAUGUUGCCAUAGAGAUUAUUAUUAUUAUUAUUAUUAUCAAUUCUUUGAAUGUAAACGCAUGAAUCAAGUUUUUCCUGCCAUAUUCUACUUUCAUCUUUCUUUUCUGUAUCCUUCAUUUCCAUAUGAAGUUUUUUACUGGAUCAUAUAAUAACUACCUUGUUUAUUUCAGUGAAUCAAUAAAUUAAUUUUCAAUAUAUGCAUUUCUUAACAAGAUAAUAAAGAAUAAACUACCUAAAUCAAUGAAAGAAAAAAUUAGUAACUUUGUAAACAUUAUAUACUGUGGUAACACUAACCCCCCCCCCAUGAAAAUAAAAUGGAAAUUGUUUCUUUCUUUUUUUUCAAUUUUCUCAUUAUUUUAAUUCUCUUUAAAUCAAUUUGUUUUCCAGUAAAAAAAGGCAUGUCCUUUUUAUUUUUCUUCUCUUAAACAUUAACCUUUAUUAUAUUUCAUUUUUCUUUAUUAUUUUAAUCAGGUACUGUCUAUAAUCUUUAUAAAAAAUAAAAUAAACGUAUCGAAAUGGCUGUAAACUAUUGCAAAUUGUGUUAGAGUACAGUUUUAUUAUAAUAAUCCAAUUGUUUAUAAUUUACACUGUAUAAAUGUUUGUUUGUUUUCUAUUUAGUUAUUUAUUUAUAUAUAUCUGUAAUUCACUCAUUAUUUCUAUUUUAAAAAUUAUAAACAAUAAAAUAUAAUAGUUGCUCACUAAUAUAAA